CAUCUAACGGGGCUCGUACUUCCGGAUAUGUCUCAUAAUAUCAGCUGUUGUCGAAGAGUUGGAGUUGCUUCGCUUCGGAACAGCCCCCACCACCCCCUUAUAGAUUCAGCACAUAUUUAUAAUUUCAGUUUUUCAUGAGGUGAACUCGGACUCGCGGUUUCGUGUCGUUUCCACGCACAUCCCGUUCAUCGUAACACUUAUCAGUUACCUUAUCUGGCCCCAUUCAAUAAUCAAUCAGCCUUGUUGUUAUCACAACGCACAACAUCUCUAUAUAAUUCAAUUAUCAGGUUGGGUGUACACAGGACAAUAAAAUUAUCAAGCAUAACUCGUCGGAGUGUUUACUUUUACUUCGUUUACGAUAUUCUCGUCGACGUUGCGAUAGUGUCGUCGGUCGUCGUUACCUGCACGUCCACCACCGCGCGCGAGUGCGGUUACUCUCUCUUCUUCGGGGUGUAUACAAAAUAUAGUUAUUUCACCCGCGUGGGUUGCAGAAAGUUGUUUACACAGUGUUGUCGAGCUGAGGUUUUGAUCGGUGUAUAGUGGACCUCGUCCACUGGACGAUAUACCUCAAGUACAUCAUCUGCACACAAUACAUCAAAAAUGCUGCAGCUCUUCAACAAGGAAAAAAUUAUGUCCGCCGGCCAGCUGAGGCGGCUCGGCGAGCACAAGUACAGCUGCACGAGCUGCAGCAUCCUGGACGGCUCGUUACAGCCCUGGUGGAAUUGGCUGGUGAGCAAGGUGCCGAUUUGGCUCGCGCCUAACCUUAUAACCGUGCUCGGCCUCAUUAUCAACAUCGUCACGACCCUUGUACUCAUUUGGUACAGUCCUGAUGCCAAGGUCGAGCCACCAAGAUGGGCUUGUUUCCUGUGUGCUGUCGGUCUCUUUAUUUAUCAAAGUCUAGAUGCAAUUGAUGGAAAACAGGCUAGGAGAACAGGAACUUCUUCACCACUGGGUGAACUUUUUGACCACGGCUGCGAUUCCAUUUCAACAGUAUUUGUUGCUUUAUCUGCAUGCAUUGCUGUACAACUGGGCUAUCAUCCAACAUGGAUGUUUUUCCAAUGUUUCUGUGCCAUGACUCUUUUCUACUGUGCUCAUUGGCAAACAUACGUUUCAGGCUCAUUGAGGUUUGGGAAAGUUGAUGUCACAGAAGCUCAAUUUACGAUUAUGUUCAUUCAUCUCGUAUCUGCUGUUUUUGGACCUACGAUUUGGACCAAGGAGAUCCCAUUUGUAGAGGGGUUUCAAUUAAAAUAUUUAAUAGGCGUUAUGACUGUGAUCUGUACAUUGGCAAACUUAAACUCUAUCUUUUCGGUGAUUUUUACCGGAGGAGUAGGCAAGAAUGGUUCGACUGUGGCCGGUACGUCCGUUUUAUCUCCAAUCAUACCGUUCAGCUUCGUCGUGGUGCCUGCCUUCAUUAUUUACAGAAAAAGUGCCGAACACGUCUACGAGAACCAUCCAGUUCUGUACAUACUAUCUUUCGGGAUGGUCGCCGCCAAAGUGACGAAUCGUCUUGUGGUUGCUCACAUGACGAAAAACGAGAUGCAGUACCUGGAUAGUUCGUUGAUAGGACCAGCCAUGCUGUUCCUCAACCAGUACUUCAAUUUUUUCAUCAAAGAGUACUACGUUCUUUGGCUGUGUUUCACUUGGGUUACCCUCGACUUAUUGAGAUACAGCGCGCAAGUUUGCACGGAGAUCUGCGAUCACUUGGACAUUCAGCUCUUCAGGAUACCGUACACCCACGCGCAUCAGAAUCAAAGUCAUCGCAACAACGUUGGGGCCGAGAAAAACGGUACUACCAUCACUACCAGAUCACAAUCUAGAAGGUUAUCAAAGAAACACUAGGCCGAACGAUUGUAAUAAUGAAUGACAACAGACGUGUGCUCAAGAGUUGAUAAAAGAAAAACAAACAAUUGUACAUAAAUAAAUCAAGAUGAGAAUGGUACAUUCAUUGUUGUAAUCGAUCAUGCUCUCACUGUCCGGUCGAAUAUACCGCACUACCGUGUCACGUCGUGUUUGCUCUCUCUCUCUCUAUUAUUAAUGUUUAUUGGUGCGUCGUUAUUAGUUUGGUAGAUGCCAAAAUUCAGUUCAUUUGAUCAAUCGUUGAUCAUUUUCUUCAAUUCCAUGUACGACGUGUUCAAUGCGGACGAGUGAGCAUCAUGGGUGGGGGGUUACGACUGCUCUUUAAAGCUAUAAUUAUGUAUGGUCAUUUUGUUUUUAUUUCAAUUGAGUCAAAUUAGUUGCCUUCAUUCGGUAUGCAGGCAUUAAAUAGUAUACGUAUUUAUAAGAUUCACGAUUAAUAUUGUCCAUUGAAUCUCAAACUUACAAAAACUUAAUGAAAUUUUUUACUAAAAAUGUUGAAUGGAAAAAGUAUUUGUUUCUUUACUUGCAUAACCAUCAGUUUUUCAAUGAAUAAUGAAACAUCGUUUAGAUUAAUACUUAGUGUAUGAGAUUCUUUGGUUUUCUUGUUAUUUUUAGUGUAACGAAGUCUUUAUUUUUAUGAUUAAGAUAAUUGUAUGUUUAUAGUUAUCAAUUUCUAUGCUUGACUUGUGCAUAUGUAAAAAAAAAGUUAGUAGUUCCAGCUAAGUUCAUAGGCCAAAUGUACAAUGAAUAUUUUUGUUUAUCCUAAAAGAUAACUUUGUAAAUUAAUUUACACAAACAAAAUGGACUUGAUUUCAAUCAUGAAAUGUUAUGUAAAUACUGCUAUUACACUUUUUGCUUUUCUCUCUUAAUGAAAAAAAACACAAAGAUGAUCUCGAAGGCAUCUUGAUAUUUUCUUAAAUAGCCAAUGAAAUGUAAAUAAUUAUAUCAAUAUGGGGUAAUAAGAAUUUUCCCUAACUAGAAGCGUGUAGAUAUUUCUGUGAAAAAUCAUUAGACUUAUAUUUGGCGCCUAGUUCUUACGGACGUUACGGUCUAACAGUUAUAAGAAUCAGUUAUCCAUUAACUUUCAGUAGUGAUGAAUCAAACUGAGUAUCAGUAAAUUUUUUUCUUAUUUAGCUUCACAAAUUGUACAUAAAUUAAUUUUUUGUAAAUUAAUUUAACAUUUUGCAAUAGUCAUAUGGUAAAUUUUAAUAUAUGAAUCGACCGUAUAAAAACUGAACUUUUUAUGGAGAAAUUUGUAAUUUUAAUGAAAAACGUGAAAGUCAAGUACGUAAAUUCUAUGUUUGGUAAGAGAUUGUGUGAAAUUAGGUAGUUAAAAAAUUAACUUAAUAAACCAAAACCGGUACAAUCCAAGUGAAAGACGAUGUUGUAACAUCGUUACUAAGUCUAAUUUAGAAGUAAAAUGUGAAGCAUUUUAAAGCUGUAUGCUGAAACAUCGAGUGAUUGGAUAUGGUAACGAGCUC